AUGAGGGAUGUUUUAUUAUUAGAAUGUGGAUUUGUAGCCAUAAUACUUGCUCCUCUUGGAUUUUUACAAAACUCCAUCAAAAGUGGGUUUUUGUCAUCCUUACCGCAUCGUCCUCAUGAUAUAAUCUCAAUGUGGCUUGUGAAAUGGUUGCUGUUUAGAUUCAUGUUUUCUUCUGGUGUUGUGAAACUCACAAACAUGUGCCCUACAUGGUGGGGAUUAACAGCUCUGAACUAUCAUUUUGAAAGUCAGUGCAUUCCUACACCUCUUGCUUGGUAUGCUCACCAUCUACCAACCUGGCUUUUGAAGUUUGGAGUAGUUGCAACUUAUGUUACUGAAAUUCCUCUACCAUUCCUAUUUUUUUCCCCAAUUCGUUCUUUAAGAUUAUUCAGCUUUUAUGCUCAGAUAUUUUUCCAAUUUCUAAUAAUAUUAACUGGAAACUUCAAUUUUUUCAACUUAUUAACCAUUGUAAUGUGUCUUUCCUUGGUUGAUGAUGACUUUCUGUUAAGUUUAGUUGGGCGACCUACUCCAGCUAGCAAAACAAGUGGAAGUACAGCAUUAAAGUGGACUAAAAGAAUUCUAUGCUUUGCUGUAGAAACUGUUGUAAUCCUUGCUAUUUGUUAUGGAACUGUGAAAUAUUUCUCAUUGAAAAUUUUACCAGAUUGGUCUGUAGAUAGCAAAAUAGCAUUUUCUGCAGCUGAAUUUCGUACCUUUUUAAAAGAAAUUAUUCCUAUUUCCAUAUCCAUUGGAGUAAUAUCCCUUUCUUUAAACAUUGUCAUAGCUCUGUACAGAUCAAUCACAGAAGUUGGUGUGUUUAGAAAAUUAUUUGCCCUAACAGGAACAAUUUUUGUAUCCUGUGCUUCCCUAUGGCUAUUUAUUAUUAGCUUGGUGCCUCAUUCUGCUCUUGAUACCCAGACUCGUGAUAACCUGUGGCCUGUCAUUUACCAGUGGCACAAGCGAGUUGAAGAAUUCCAACUGUCAAAUAAUUAUGGUCUAUUCAGAAGGAUGACUGGUGUUGAUGGUCGACCAGAAAUUGUGAUAGAAGGUAGCUAUACAGGCACUACUGGAUGGAAAGAAUAUCACUUUUUGUAUAAACCUGGAGCUGUGUCUGAAAGACCACCUGUCCUUAUUCCUCAUCAGCCUCGACUAGACUGGCAGAUGUGGUUUGCUGCCUUGGGAACUUAUGAGCACAAUCCAUGGUUUGUCAGCUUUAUUUAUCGUUUGCUUGAAGGAGAAAAAAGUGUUUUAGAACUUUUGGAUAAAGAUCGUCUACCUUUUCCUGCCAACAAACCUCCUAAACAUAUCAGAGCAAUACUUUAUAAAUACUCAUAUACAUCUCCAAAUGAAUCAGGAAAGAAAAACUCUGAUUGGUGGACCCGCCGUAAAGUACGAGAAUACUUCAACAGUGCUAAUCUAGAUGAUAAACAAAUGACUGAAUUUUUGAGUGCUGCAGGAAUUCCACUGGAGAAGACUCGGUACUUGCGAGUGACAAAUGCAUUCCUGAAAAAAGCCUUAUUCAAGAUCAGAACCUAUAUUAAAACUAUUGCUCCAACGGUAUUCAUUUGGUCUUUAUUAGGUGCUGGCUUUUCUAUAAAUUUUCUUGCCCCAGUGCUGAGGUUAUGAAUUCCAUCUCAUAGCUAGAUGUCUUAUUGAUGCAUUUUAAAAUGAAAUUAAUGUUUGUGGUAUUUACUGAACAUUUUUAAGUAAA